AUGGAUCCGAAGGAAUGUAAACUAACGUUAAUAGGAUACUCGCAUGAGCACAAAGGAUAUAGGUUCAUUGAUCGUGAAAAUGAUUCUGUAGUUAUUAGUCGUGACGCUCGCUUUAUAGAGCUCGGCAACGGAACGUCUUCCGUUGAGUUGCCAGUUUCUGAAGAUCAGUCAUCUUCGGCGGACCAGUGUCUUUACGUUAAAGGUGUUGGGGAGGAUAGAGUGUUUUUAUUAGUAUACGUUGAUGAUAUUUUGCUGGCAUCGAAAAACAACGUGGAUAUCAAGCGAAUUUACGACAGUCUAAACAAUGUUUUUAAACUGACAUGCUUGGGAGAAAUUCUACAUUUUUUAGGAUUGGAAGUGAAGCGAGAGAAUGGUGUUCUCCCGAUUCGAUUGAAGCAAUACAUUGAUAAAUUAGUUGCUGUAAACGGGAUGCACGACGCUAAGACUGCUAAGUCGCCCAUGAAUUCUGGUUACCUUAACGAAGUUGAUAACAGUGAACUACUGAAAGAUAAUACAAAGUACCGUAGUUUAGUUGGUGGACUGCUCUAUCUCUCAGUGAUAGCACGUUCUGAUAUAGCAGCAAGUACGGUGAUACUAGGGCGAAGGGUUGCAGCUCCAAGUGAGGCAAAUUGGACUGCAGUAAAACGUGUGUUACGUUAUCUAAAGUUGACUCGAGAAUAUUAUCUUCGCUUGGGUGGAGCAUCGGAGGAGCCUUUGGUUGGUUACUCCGACGCAGAUUGGGCUGGAGACCCCGAAAGCAGACGAUCCACAUCCGGAGCUGUAUUUUUCUACGCUGGUGGUACUAUUUCUUGGGCUAGCCGCCGACAAUCAUGUGUAACACUAUCGUCGAUGGAAGCCGAGUUCGUUGCACUUUCAGAAGCCUGUCAGGAAACAAUUUGGCUGCGACAACUUCUUCCAGACUUCGGCGAGGAUCAAACUCAGCACACCGAGAUAAGAGAAGAUAAUCAGGGAUGUCUUACCAUGCUAGAAUAA